CUUCAUUACAUUUCAAUUCUAAUAAUAAAGUUGAAAAGUUAACAAAAUGGCAAAGUAUUUAUUUUUAAUAUUUGGAAUAUCUGCAAUUAUUGCAAUUGCUAAUACUAUUCCAGUUUUGCAUCAACUAGAAGAGAAAUCAAAAGAGAUUGAUCCGGAAGAGCAAGGUGGCUAUUUCGAAGGUGAUAUGAUAUUAGAUCAAGAUCAACUUAAUUCUAUAUUGAAUCCAAAGGGCCGUCAUAUUCUUAUCGGUGAAAAAUAUAAAUGGAAGAAUGCAAUUGUUCACUAUGAAAUUGAUUCAGUUUUCAGUGAGCAACAAGUCACAGAAAUUUUGAAAGCUAUAAAAAUUCUCGAACAAGCAACAUGUAUUCGUUUUUAUGAAAAAACUGCUGAUACAAUAGAUUUCAUUAGAAUUACUGGAAAUCCAACAGGAUGUCAUUCUUAUAUAGGACGUAAAGAGGGAGAACAAGAACUUAAUUUACAAUUAUAUCCGGUAGGAGAAGGUUGUUUCAUUUUACAUAAAAUUGUUCAUGAAUUUAUACAUGCACUUGGAUUUUAUCAUCAACAAGCUGCUUCUAAUCGAGAUGAUUAUGUAAAAAUAAUAGAAAAAAAUAUUAAAGAGGGGAAAGAACAUAAUUUCGAAAAGCAUAAUAUAACAACCGUUACUGAUCUUGGUGUACCAUAUGAUUACGAGAGUGUUAUGCAUUAUGGUCCAACAGCUUUUUCGAAGAAUGGUGAACCAACAAUUAUUCCUUUGGAUCCAUCAGCUAAUAUUGGUCAAAGACAGAAACUUACAGAAAAAGAUAUCCUGAAAUUGAAUUUAUUGUACUGUAUGAAAGAUUAAUUGGAAAAAUUGUGUGCUAUUAAAAAUAAAUUUUAAUUUUAA